AUGGCCAGCGAUCUUGAUGCCCGAUUUCAAGAUCUUGUCUCCCUCUUACAUAGCAUUCCAUCCAGCAUUUUCAGUCCUUUUGACAUUUAUCGCACUAGUUACUACUCUUGUGGUGUAGACAUUGGUGCAGACAUUCUCGUCCCAAAAAGGCCUUGCCGACUAAGUAGGCUGCCAGUAAUUGUGACUGGUUCAAGCCUUUUCCCAGCUUGGUUCUCCAAAUGGAUUUUGGAAUUUGCGGAAGAACAGUCAGCUGUAAUAAUCAGCCCAAAUUAUAGACUCUUGCCUGAGGUGAAAGGAAUGGACAUUAUUCAGGAUAUGAAGAAUUUUUGGGACUGGUUUCAAAGAGGCGGGCCGGAGCGAUACCUUAGGUCUGUCGGGCGAUCUGAGAUACGGCUUGAUCCUGAACAAUUACUUCUCAUUGGAGAGAGUGCCGGGGGUUAUUUGGCCUUGCAAUCUGCAUUGUUGGAAUUUGUCAGACCCAGAGCAAUGAUAGUUCUGUAUCCCAUGCUAGACAUGCUAUCAGACCAUUUUGCCACACCGUAUUCGAAAACCAUUGCGGGUGUUCCAAACUUUCCGCCAUCUGUGAUUGACAACUUCCUUGCGGAUUUGCCCGAGAGAACAGUGAUCACAGAGGCGGAUCCUCCAGCACGGCUUGAUCUGGCUCUCGCCGUGGUGCAGAACGGUCGCUUCUUGGACAUCCUUGGUGACAGCCCAGAUCUAUUCAUUCUGGAGAAACUCAAACACAGAACGGUGGUUGUCUCGAGAGAUAGUCAUGAGUCUUUAUUCCCUCAUCUAUACAUUUUACAUGGCGAACAGGACUCUGCAGUGCCUGUAGAUGGAACCUUGAAGUUGGUCGAAUAUGUCAAGAACAUCGACCCAGCAGCCAAGAUUCACACGGCCAUUCAGCCGGGAGAUCAUGGAUUCGACUGCACAGCUUCAUCUAAGGACAAGUGGAUGAGGGAGGGCUUGGAUUUUGUUCUCAAAGAGUGGAUCAGACAAGAUUCUAAGAUUUGA